GCUCUGAAUUCUAUAAGAAAUGCAUGUGAUGUAACUUGCUAUAACCUCAAAUUUAAAAAUAAAUCGCAUUGUAUUAAAAUACAUUUGAAUAUUUGAAUGAUAAUAUACGAUAAGUUAUAGUGAGAAUUAUAUUUAUUUAAUUCGAUUUAUUUGUAUCGCGUUGGUUUUCUAUUUCGUGCGACGAUGACAGUGAAGAAUGAAAAGUUGGAUGAUGACGGAAAGAAAAAUGCUAAUAAAGAAGCAGUCGCCGCGGAUAAUUCAACCAAUAAUGGUUUAUGGGGAUCUGAUAUGUAUCCCGAAAGGAGAGGAACUAAAAAAGAUCGUAACUGGUUGAAGAUGAUGUUUGGAUUUGAAGGACGAGAAACCAUAGAUAAAACCAGAUGCGAAGACAAUGUUUAUAGAUGCGUAAAAGAUAGUCCCAUAAUAAAACUCAUGUUGGGAGCACUAAAGAAUUCUGGAUGUGAAGUAGAUAUCCGGCGACAUAUCUCCUGCGAAGUAUGUAAUCCAGCUGUAACUGGUGGAUAUGAUUCAGAAUUAAAUCAGAUAAUUGUUUGCCAAAACAUGGCAGGCAGAAAAAAUGUAGUUCGUGGUGUUCUGUUACAUGAAAUGAUUCAUAUGUUUGACUAUUGUCGUAAUAAAUUAGAUACGAAAAAUAUCGAUCAUUUAGCCUGUACAGAAAUCAGAGCAGCAAAUAUCGGUCACUGUAGUUUUAUGAGUUCACUACUACAAGGCAAUUCGUCUUUUAUUAAUAUAAAAGCAACACAUCAGAAUUGUGUGAAAGAAAAAGCUAAGUUUUCAAUAAUGGCUGUGCACGAAGUAACAGCAGAGAUAGCAAAUGCAGCCAUUGAAAGAGUGUUCACAAAAUGUUACAAUGAUCUAGAACCAGUUGGCAGAAGAAUUCGUAGAAAUUCAGAUGACAUGCCGAGAGCAUAUGCAGAAGCACAUUUGUAUGGAUAUGAUUAAUAAACUUUUUAAAUAGUGUGUAUCAAAACAUACAAAUUAGAUUGGAAAUAUGUACAUACACAAAUACACAUUCUGUUUGAUAAUA